AUGGAAACUCCUAGUUCUGGCGGCUGGUCAGAGCUCCCAGUGGACAUCUUGAGAUAUCUUUUGGAACGUUUGAGUUUUUCCAAUUUACACUGCGCUAAGAUCGUGUGUUCGAACUGGUACUUGUGUUCCAAGCAAACGUUACGGCCAAAAUUCGGAUCUCCAUUGCUGAUUAUGUCACAAGAAGAAGACGAUUGUUGUCUGUACAGCCCAGAGGAAGAUAGGGCUUACAAGACGACGAGUGAUAUUUCAGGGUAUCAGUUCCUAGGAAACUCAGGUAUGUGGUUCCUUGUGAUAGAUUCUAAAUCAGAUCUCUAUAUCGUAGACGUGUUUAGCCAUGAGAGAAUCGUACUUCCACAUCUAGAGACACUCAUGGGUGGCCUUCAUGAGAUUCAACGUGUGGGAGAAAACGAAUUCAAGGAUACCGCUUUUGCUUGGGAUCAUGACACUAGCAAAGACCUUAGAGGGUUUUGUAAGAGAGGUGAUGUUCAUUACCGUGAGAUUACAUUACGGACCGAUGUUCGUAGGGAGUUACGAGGCGUAGAUGAUAUGGUUCUCAAGGGUUACAAUCUUUACUUCAUCUCUAUACGAAAAUACAUUCGACAUCUUGAUUUGUCUGGACAAGAUGGUGUCAAGGAUGUGUUAGUGUAUCAUAAUUUUCCUAUGUCGGUCUCAAGAGCUGAUGAGAAAGCAAUGAAUGCAUAUAAAGCCAUCUCAGCUAGCUAUAGAAUCGUUGUUCCAACAUCAGGAGAGCCCUUGUUUCUCUAUACCUGA